AUGACUGAAUACAACUCCAACGCGAUGAUUGGCGUACCCCCUCGCAUUCUGCUUGGCCCGGGUCCGUCCAUGGUCAACCCUAGAGUGCUACAGGCGAUGAUGCAGAACAUGAUCGGGUACCUCGACCCGGACUACGUCGACAUCAUGGACCAGGUCGCGGAGCUUCUGGGCAAGGUAUUCCAGACGGAAGAAGCGUUCACAAUGGCCCUCUCAGGCACCGGAUCGUCGGGCAUGGAGGCCGGGCUUUCCAGCAUCCUGGAACCCGGCGACACCGUGGUCGUUUGCAUCUACGGGUACUUCGGCGAGCGGAUGGUCGACAUGGCUACCCGCGUCGGCGCAAACGUGGUCGCGCUGCGCUCCGAUUGGGGCAAGCCUUCCCCGUAG